AUGACAAAAGGCGGUGCAAGCAAGAAACAAGCGAAAGGACAACGUAGGGACGAUUUGGAAAGAAAACGAGACGAUCGAGUUAGAAGAAACGCUCUAAAGAAGGAACGAAAAAUAAAGGAAUACCUCGCUGAUGAUGAAGACUUCGUCAGCUUCUCGAAUCAACUUGCUGCAUUAAGUCUGAAGAUAAAGGACAUCCCUGGUGACGGGUAAGUCUCAGUUUGCAAUUGAAAGUGAAAGCCUGUGGGCAAUAACUUAUAACUUAAUCUGGCAAACAAGGUCUCGGUUGUCUUGAUAAAAUUCUGUAGCUAAUAAUUGUAACAUGAAAAAUUUAGAUUUCUUCUUCCUCAUUUAUAUGAACAUUAGGCUUGACAACCGGAAAUUCAAUCAAGAAUUUACCAAUUUAGGUCGCACAUCCGAAUUAGUACCUAGAAAAUGUGUUUUUCGUUCCGCAUUUUCAUAGCGUUUAUUGCAUGUGCAUGGACAGGAGCAGUUGUAGCAGUAGAAACAUAAGUUUAUUCACAGGUGAACAUUUGUAAUAGAAAUAUGACAUUUUCCCAAAAAGGUUACUAUAAAUUGAUAGGAGCUCUCUCUCGCCUCUCCAAAGAGACUGUGAAGUGAAAAUUUCCCAAGCUCUUAACUUUUUUAAAUAAGUGUUUUCUCUGUUACUUUUUCCACUCCUAUAUAAGGCAAUGAGUAACAUUUUGUUCAUCUUUUUUUUCUAGAAAUUGCUUGUUUCGUGCUUUGGGGGAUCAAAUUGAAGGAGAUCACACAUCACAUAUGCGGCACAGAAGGGAAACAGUUAAAUACAUGAGAGAUCAUAGAAGUGACUUUGAACCCUUUAUGGAAGACAAUAUAUCAUUUGAUAAACAUUGUAAGACAAUUAGUGUGAUUAUUCACUUACCGAUUGAUAUUAUUAAUAAUAACACUAUAAUUUACUUCCAUAUGUAAUUAACAUGUAACUUCUCUGUAAAAUAUCCAUAUCCACUAUAAACAGUUAAUAAGAAUACUCAUAAUUAUUAACAGGUUGUUUAACCCUAUAUUAACCCCAAUAUCAGUAUGCAUAUUCUCCAUACUACUCACUAUACAUUUAUUAAGGUGCUGGCAAUGAGAAUUUGUUUUAAAAAAAGAACUGUUUUAGUUGUUGAUCAUUUCCUGUAUUAUCAUGACCUUUAUGAUUGAUUCAGGGGUGAUAUUGUAUGGAGAAAUUAGAUGCUAGUCAUUCUUAGGAGUUAUUGAAAGGUAAUUAACAACUUAAAUUUAGUAUUAUGUUUUUAUUUGAUGUGUGACUUGAGGACUGUGUGAGUUUUUGUUUACAGUACAGGAGCUAUCCAAACUAAGCACAUAUGGGGGAAAUGACAGCAUUGUGGCAUUUGCACGCAACCAUGGAGUCAAUGUUGUCAUACAUCAGCUCAAUGAACCCAGAUGGGUAAUUUAUGGAGAAGAAUAUAGUAAGAAUGGACAAGUUCGAGAGCUACAUGUCUCUUAUCAUAAUGGGGAACAUUAUUCAUCUGUUAGACAUAUAAGUGACAACAGCACUGAACCUGGUUGGAUAAAACACAAUGAUAGAGUAUCUGCAGCCUCAAUGGUGAGUACGAGUAUGUGUUAUGUUAAGUAAUUAUAUAAGGAAUUAUAGACAGAUUAUGCUACAAGUCUGUAGGGAGAUGUAUCCAAAAAAACUAGCCUGAAAACCGAAGAUAUAGCCCACAAUAGACCAGAAAAGCAGUUAAAAUUACAAAAAAACCAGGAAAGUCUCAGAAAGUUUUUAUUGUCAAAUUUCUGUAAACUCUGUACUUGUCUUUACUGUUCAGUUGUUUAUACUAAAUUAAUGCCCGGUACUAAAUUUCCCCAAAAUGAAUUUCCUCAUCCUAUAAGAAAACACACAUCUGUAUAACAUCCUGUCUGAGCAUUUUACAUGCUAACUAUAACUCACAAAUUGUAGCCCACGAAAACACAACUUGCUGCCACCAAAAAAGAGGGUAAACCCAAAGGAAAAGGAAAAAGGAAAGAUGUAAGAUCAGCUUGUGGCAGUAACAACAAUAUGGAUUUUCCACAAGGAAGUGAUGAGCUUACAGCAGAAGAACUGGUUAUGACAGCCACUGGAUGUAAGGUACAGAUCUGAAAUGACUACAUUCUUAUACAUGAGCAUACAAUGUACGCAGGGGAGUAGUCUUUAGAGUUCAUUUGACUCCUUCCCCUGCUUAACCCUUUAACCCCUGAGAGUGACUAGCAUCUAAUUUCUCCAAACAGUAUAACCCCUGCAUCACUCAGUAAGGUCAUGAGAAUAAAGGAAAUGAUCACCAUUUCAAUAUUCUCUUGAUUGAUAAACAAAUUCUCCUUUGUAAGCACCUUAGGAGUUGCAUAGAAAACAGUAUGGAGAAUAAGCAUAUUGAUGUUAGGGUGUAAAGGGUUAAUCAAGAAACAGAUAGGAGUUACAAAGCCACUUGUGGAUGGAGUCUUGUUAUCUCUGAGUAUUGAUUACUUUACAUUCUUAAGGGGAAAUUUGAUAAUCUCUACUAUAUGUUAAUUUUAGAUAUUAGUGUACCCUUCUCCCAAAUAGAGGGGUCUCUUUAAUAGAAGUGUCAGAUACAAAGAUUAUAUAAAUAUUUUUAUUUUCGUUGGACCAAAGUUUGUGUCCCCUGGAUGGAGGUGUCUCUAAGGAGAGGAUUCACUGUAGUUUGUUCUUGCAUCAAGUUUCAUGUAUUUACUUUUUUAUUGGUUUUCCUAUUUAUUUAAUAUGCUUUUUUCGGUAGAGCAAUUGUGUAAUAAGGAAUUCUGAAACAAAGGAAAAUAAAAGUUAAGUCAUGGUUUGGCAUUUAGCUUCUUGCCUUUGCUGACUGUAAACAUUUGUUUUAAAGGACUUGGCCAUUAUAGCUCAAACCCUGGAGGAGAAUGCAUAUGAUGUUGAUGCUUCCAUUAAUUACAUUCUUCAGUUGAUGUUUAUCACUGAGGAGACAGGUGACAUGUGUUUGAGAUUAUUUGUAAGAAACCUCCCUUGACUAGUUUUUCUCAAAAUUUAUACAAGAUAGCUUCAAAGAUAUUUUAUUUAUUAGUUGAAUGAUUGUGUUCAUAACUGUUUUUGCUUGCUGAUAAAAGCAUGUUUUCAAAAUUUUUAUGAACAUGUGUUAAGGCUAAUUAAACUUGUUUUUACGCUAUUUCUGAGAUGCCUGGAGUAUUUGCAUGAGAAUAAGGGUAAAAGCAAAGCCAUUUAAGUAUGUAAAAAAAAAUUUUCCAUUGCAAAGAAAUCUCACUUCACAAGAAAGGCUUUGCCCUUCGCUUCAUUUGAAAGUGAGGGAUUUGGGAACUUGAAUUCAAAUGGCCUAUCUAUCUCGCCUUUCCCAAUUCUCAUUGCAGACCUCCAUCUGAAGGCUGAAAGAGGGUAUCUUACUUCAAACUCGACUAUGAUUGACCAUGUACUCUGAAGUUUAAUAAUUAUGUUAAUUUGUUUCAGGAUAUUUAUCUCAAGACAGGUCUGCUGCAAGCAAUGAACCAGUGAAUAAUCAUGAACAUGGAAUGGAAUGUUCUUUGACAGUGGAAGCAGAGACACAUACAACAAAAAAGAAUCACAUAAAUAAUGACAUUAAGGAAAAUGACCAAACUGGUUCAGGUGUUGUAACCUGUGGUUGUUCCUCCAAGGAUGACAUAAAAUUAUCAGAAACAAGAACUACUAGUGAGAUAGAAACUUUUUCAAAUUCAUCAAGUGGCAUUACAAGUGAAACUGUUCAAGACUCUUGUAAAUCCCUAUCUCAAAAAGAACAGAAAUUAACUAAGGCAUAUGAACACCAUGGUGCAAGACCCAAAGUUGUCGAUAAAUCAAAGAACCAGCAAGGAUCGACUAAUACACAUUUAAGUAACAAGAAAAGAAAGGAACUGGCUAAAAAGGAGAAAAAGAAAAGGAGAGAAGAGAGAAGGAAAGAAGAGGAGUCAAACUCACAGCUUGAGUCUUCAGUUUCUCAGUUAGAAAAUUCCAGUGUGGGCAUAGUGGCUGAUUUAGGACUUCUUGCAAUAUAAAAAAUGACUGUCACAAUUAUUUCCAAGAUGCAAAAUAAAUAUUUUUUUCUAAAGAAUUGCACUUGUUGCUUAAUGCAAGUUUGACAAUCAAGGAAGAUUGGAAAUUCUGUGAUAAUUGCAUGUACUGUUGGAUGCGGAAAUGAAGGGAAUGGAAAAAGCUGGAUGGGUGAUCAAGGGAGCACAGUUAGUGCAAUAAUUGUGCUUUAUCUUAAAACGCAUCAUUUUUUUUUGUUUUGUUUGUAUAAUGGUUACCAGUAAACAUAAUUCAUAGAUAUACAGGGCAUGUUCAGGCAACAUCACUAGAAACCUCAUACUCACUGAGUUACUGAUAGAAAUAUUUCUUAACAUACAAAAUGAUCUUUUUUAUUUCAAAACAUUCACAAUAUAAAUUAUUAAUAUACAC